UGGUCCUCUGUGUGUGAAGCUGACUUUGACCAGCAGGAUGCAGAGGUGGUCUGUCGGGACCUCGGCUGUGGGGCUCCUUCAGUCCUCCAGGGGGCGCUCUAUGAAGAAGUGGAGGCUCCAACGUGGACCAAAGAGUUCCAGUGUUCAGGAAACGAGUCUGCUCUCCUGGACUGUACAACCUCAGACUCAGACAGAAACACCUGCUCAGCUGGCAAAGCUGUUGAACUCACCUGCGCAGAUCCUGUCAGGUUGGUUGGAGGAUCCAGGCGCUGUGCAGGAACACUGGAGGUGA